GAAUUAUCCAAAAGUAUGAGAAAUCAUAAAUUUAGAGAAUUGAUAACCCUUGCCACAAAUGGGCCCGAUCACAAGAAGUGCGGCGCGGAGAGGUUAGGAAAACGUCUACGAUCUGAGUCCGGCCUUGCAGUGAGCUUCUCCGACUCAAAACGGCGGCCAAUGGAGCCAUUUGCCUCUAUCCGCCGGAGCUUUCCCGCACUGAUCUUCCUGCUCUUCCUCCUCAUUCAACCAUCUCUUUCGAUCUACUGCGAUGAGGACGAUUGCUACGAUCUCUUAGGGGUCACUCAAAGCGCCAAUGCCUCCGAGAUCAAGAAAGCUUACUACAAGCUCUCUCUUAAGCAUCAUCCGGAUAAAAAUCCGGAUCCGGAAUCGAAGAAGUUUUUUGUGAAGAUUGCAAAUGCUUAUGAGAUAUUGAAAGAUGAAGCCACGAGGGAGCAGUAUGACUAUGCAAUUGCACAUCCAGAAGAGGUAUUCUACAAUACAGCGCGGUACUACCAUGCUUAUUACGGCCAUAAGACAGAUACUCGUGCUGUCCUUCUGGGUCUUCUUUUGAUUCUCUCAGGAUUUCAGUAUCUUAACCAAUGGCAAAGAUAUAAUCAGGCCAUUGACAUGGUGAAGAAGACUCCAGCUUAUAAGAAUAAGCUAAAAGCUAUGGAACUUGAACGCAAUGGAAAAAUAACAAACAAGAGGAAGGGUAACAAGCAGAUGAACAAGCAAAUGGUGGAGGAUUAUAGUAAGGAACUUGAACUGCAGAUAAAAGGUGCUGAAAAGCCUUCCCUUUGGGAGCUUCUUGCUGUUCGUGUCAUAUUACUGCCUUACACCAUGGGAAAGCUGUUGUUAUGGUAUGGGCAUUGGUUGUGGCGGUACCAGGUGAAACAAAAACCAUACUCUUGGGAAGAUGCCUCCUAUCUUACUAGAAGAUCUCUGGGGGUACCUUCUGCCUCAUGGAGAGACAUAGAUGAAUCAACAAAGGACGAUCUUGUCCAAAGACGACUGUGGGUAAAACCCAACUUGGAGAGCUAUCUGUCUGAGAUGAGGAGAGAAUCAAAGUACCGGAGAUAGGGGAUACACAACUCCGAGAAUCUUAAGAUACAAAUUGCAGCAUUGGUUGCCCAUAUCACUGAGUUGUGUUAGUAGUUCUGAUUUACUUCCGAGAGAAUUUUGAUAGUCCAUGUAGCAGUAACCUAAUUGUUAUUAUAUACAACAACAUAUUACAGGAAUGGAAGUCAUGAUUAUAGUUACUAAAACUGUUGUUUAGUCUCCUGUUAAGGAGUACUCCACUACUUAAGAAGAAUUGUUAUUUCUUUCUUAA